AUGCUAGAAACGGCUUCAGCCCGCGCUUUGAAAAAGGCUACUGACUUUGGAGAGAGCCUGUUGGCCCACCCAGGGAGAGAAGCUGUAGAUGCAGAAGCCGAAUACAAAUAUGUCGCGAGAGCUAACUUUGUGAACGUGCCUGGUUAUGAGCAAGUCAGUAUUUACAAGCGAGAGCCGGACCGGACAUGGGCAAAUAUCCCUGUGAACACUCAAUUUGAUCGGAGCCUUCACGUCGUUGGUGUUGCCAUCAACCCUUUUGUAUUUCAGGACAGCUCGGGCUCGGUCUUCGCACGCUCCAUAAAAAAGCUUGGGUUGCAAAAGAAACUUGCCCAUUGGGCCCUAUACCUUCGCGAGGCGGACAGUGUGAGUUUCUCGAAUCCAAGAGCACAGCAGGAUCUUGAAUUGACCAAUGUCAACAAGGAUCAAUACCGUAUGUACGGUCUGAACUUCUCCCAGGAGACAGGGCAAUUGAUUGUCGAAAGUGUAUGGGGAACAAAGGAAGGGUGGGAGAAAGUUGUUCAAGAAGGGCAGUUCCAGAAGGAUGAGAACAUCAAGGAGUUGCAGAUAUACUGCAGUCUCGCCGAAUUCAUCCUAACUACACAAUUUUUCGUGAGGUACGAUAUGAAACGACCACAGAAGAUUUGGAAGUUCAAUGCGGAAUUUUUGACCCACGAGAAUCCUGGGCGAAGCUAUGACUUGCUCAGGAGCAACUGUCAGCACUUUGCUCGUGGCUUUCUUGAUUUCCUUGUCAUACAGGGAUGGACCGAUCCACGACGCAACCGAGAGCCGUUUUCACUCCAAAAAAUGGCUUCAAAGCUGCAAGAACUUGAGCUUAAUCAGCACGAUGCUGGCUUCAAAAUGCUAGAAGAUUCAAUGAGCUGGGAUGAUCUCGGUGGGAGGUAG